AUGAUGAGAUGUUCAAUUGUCAUCAUUUUGAUCUAUGCUUUCAUUAUCACUGUAAAUGCUCAACACCAAUACAAUAAUCCAACUUGUCCAACACAUCAACAAAAUCCAAAGUUGAAAGACGUGUAUGUUCCGCGGACACUUUUGAUUUUUGCAAUCGGUUAUGAUGCACCUGACGCAGAUGUAAGUUUUCCCGGAAAUUAUGAAAGAAAACUAACAGAAAAUUUGUAUUUAGAGAGAAAAGAUGACAUUUGUUGUUCGACAAACUGCUUGCUUCAUUCCGACACAUGACAAUAUAACUUCUGCCGCUUAUUUUCUUCACAACAGCCUCUUCGAUGCUGAUAAAGAUGCUCGAGAUACACUGAGUACAAUGGCUCAAUAUUCAAAAUGUAAGAACGUUUCACAAAUUUCAUUGACAACUUAUAACUUGUUUUUCUAGUAACUGAUCAGGUAUCAUGCGAUAAGUUUGGUGAAGGUCUCAAGGAAUUGAAAAAUGAACAGGCCUUGAAGAACUAUGAAAGAUUCAAAGUCAUUGGACACAUGAGAAAAAUCGCAGACGAUUGUGAUUAUGCUCUUCAAUGGAACAAUGCACAACUCGAUUCGAAAUUUGAAUUCUUCAUGAUUCGAUUCGAUAACAAGAAAGAUCCUGGGAUCAUUUCAUUGAAUUAUGAGAAUAUUGCUAGUAUCGAUCCAUCUCGUAAGUUUUGACAAGGCUUUGCAAUUUGAAAAUGAGUAUUUGAGAAAAAAACUCCGAAAACUCAAAUUUGGAGCAUUUUGAUUACAAAUAUGCUCGAAUUUGUUCUCAAAUUGUUCCAAAUUCCACAUGGCUUCUAAAAUUGCAAUUGCAAGUUGAAACAGCUCCCCCGUUCAUCGUCAAUUCAAUUUUCCAUGAAAUAUUUUUGCGUUUACAGAAACAUCACCUUCUGCUGAACUCAAAAACGUCACUGGCACAUUGUAAGUUGAAAUUCCGAAUGUCUGGAAUCUCAAAAUCAAUAUCAAUUUUUCCAGCAUGAAUUAUGUUCUUGGCGCUGAAACACCACCACAGCCACCAGCUGCAAAACCCAAAAAGAAACCUAUUCCGAUCACUCCUAUUGCGAUUGCUGUUUUUGCUAUUUUAUUUGUUAUUUUUUGUGUUGGAUUUGUUGGUCUCAGCUAUUGGAAAAAAUGGUGUUGCUUCAAGAAAAAGCAAGGUGAAUAUUUUGGUGGAGGCUCGAGCGAUUUGUCUAAAUAUUGAAAAAAAUCACAAUUUUCAGAUUCGAAGCCGAUUGUCGCAAAAACAUCAACACCAGCUCCACCUCCUCAACCAGCUCCACCUAUUUCACCUGCUGCAAAAGCUGGAGAGGCUGAUGGUAAGAUUUCCUAGAUCUUGGAUCCAAUAAUGUUUUGAUUAUCAUUUAGAUUCUACAUAUCGCACAUAUAGUGAAUGUUCAAUGGGCACAAUUGGAACAGAAGGCCGUGAUGAUCUUGGUGAGGAGUAUAAAGCAGACUACAAGAAACCUGUGCACAAGAAACUCACGCCAAACUAG